UUUCCUCUUGAGUCUUCUUCUGAGUUGUCUGAGUAGAGAAGGAAGCAGAAGAGAAAUUCCUUUGCCUGCUCUCGGUUGAAUCAUUCAGUUACGAAAAGUUCUCACGUGAACUCCCGAUGCGAUCUCUGCAAUCAAGAGGCCUUUGAAUUUCAGCUAUGGAUUCUGCACGGAGUUGGCUUCAGAAGUUCCAGCCCAGAGCGAAGAAGAAGGGAGCGGAGAGUGCAAGAGACGAGCAGGAGAAGUCUGCUUCUGUCGAUGAGGCGCCUUCUGACGUGACCAAACAGAAGGUUGAGGCAGCCAAACAGUACAUUGAGAACCAUUACAAGGCUCAAAUGAAGUGCUUGCAGGACAGGAAAGAGAGGCGUUGGAUGCUGGAAAGGCGGCUCGCCGAUGCCGAUGUUUCGCAGGAGGAUCAGAUGAAUGUUCUGAAGUAUUUGGAGCAGAAGGAGACGGAGUAUAUGCACCUUCAGAGACAUAAAAUGGGGGUUGAUGACUUUCAGCUUUUGACAAUUAUAGGAAGGGGUGCAUUUGGAGAGGUGAGAAUUUGCAGAGAGAAAUCUACUGGGCAUGUGUAUGCCAUGAAAAAGCUCAAGAAAUCGGAGAUGCUCCGAAGAGGCCAGGUGGAACAUGUUAAAGCUGAAAGAAAUCUUCUUGCUGAGGUCGAUAGUGCUUACAUCGUUAAGCUUUACUGCUCCUUUCAAGAUGAUGAGUUUUUGUAUCUUAUAAUGGAAUAUCUUCCUGGAGGUGAUAUGAUGACAUUACUAAUGCGCAAAGAUAUCUUGACUGAAGAUGAAGCCAAGUUUUAUGUUGGAGAGACAGUCCUUGCCAUUGAGUCUAUUCACAAGCACAACUACAUCCACAGGGAUAUUAAGCCUGAUAAUUUACUGCUCGACCGUUAUGGCCACAUGAAGCUUUCAGAUUUUGGGUUGUGUAAGCCUUUGGGCAGUAAUAGCUUUCCAGAUCUUAGUGAGAAUGAAAAUGCAGGUGGAAGAAAUUCAAAAUCCCCCUCUGAGAGUCAUAAACAUUCUAAUCUUCCUACAACACCAAAACGAACCCAGCAGGAACAGUUAUUGCACUGGCAAAAGAACAGGCGAAUGUUGGCUUACUCAACAGUUGGAACUCCAGACUACAUUGCUCCGGAAGUAUUGCUGAAGAAAGGAUAUGGAAUGGAAUGUGACUGGUGGUCUCUUGGUGCAAUCAUGUAUGAGAUGCUUGUGGGAUUUCCACCUUUUUAUUCCGAAGAACCAAUGUCAACAUGCAGAAAGAUUGUUAACUGGAGAACUCAUCUGAAAUUCCCAGAGGAAGCAAAGCUCUCUCCUGAGGCUAAGGAUCUCAUUUGCAAGCUCCUCUGCAAUGUUGAGAAGAGGCUUGGGACGCAAGGAGCUCAUGAAAUAAAAGCACACCCGUGGUUUAAAGGGUUACCAUGGGAUAGAUUAUAUCAGAUGGAAGCUGCUUUUCUACCAGAGGUUAACAAUGAAUUAGAUACUCAAAACUUUGAGAAGUUUGAUGAGUUGGGGACUCCAGCAGAGACUUCAUCAAAAUCUGGUCCAUGGAGAAAGAUGCUUUCUUCCAUGGAUACGAAUUUUGUCGGUUAUACCUACAAGAAUUUUGAAAUUGUUGAUGAGCAUCACAUGCCUGGUAUUGCUGAAUUGAAGAAAAAGAACAACAAGCCAAAGCGACCAUCUAUUAAGUCAUUGUUUGACACACCUGAUCCUCCAGACCCACCAGUUCAAGGAAACUCUCCUCACCAUUUGCCCAACCAGUUGGGUGCCUCAGAAGGCUCUCAGCCGUCACGGCAAUCUGCUAGACCCCCACAACAUCAACUCAAACCUCCACGAAGAUAACAAGAAAAGUGCACAUUACUAGUUAUUUCCCACAGCUGGAAGGAAAUUGAUAGAGAAGUUUACAAAACUGCAAAGGCAAGAUAGGAAAAUGGUAGCUGAAAGUCUCAGUUUAAGUGCUUUCGUAAGUAUAAUCGUCUUGUGCAUUAUUAGCAGGGAUGUCCAUUUACCACAUAAUCACCUAGAUUAGAGGAAAAGAUGUCAAGCUUCACAAUUAGGCUCUGACAAAUGAUUUAUUUGUAACUUGUUGUAGAUUGAGGUCAUGGCCACACUGCUUUCGUUGCUUUUAUAGAGUAGGCUGAUAGCUCAUAUAGUCGAUUAUGUCCAAAUUAUUGUCAACUUCUAAGCUUAUAGCAAGGCUUUGUUGCGAUGAUUUAUGUUCGUGUAAAGGGUUAGUGACAAAGCAUAUGGUUUAGAAGUGAGUUAAGUGACACUUAAUUAUUCUUUCCCACCCAGGCCAUGUAAAUUUUUUCAUAAUUUUUAUUGUAAACUGCAUAUGCAACCAGGAGCAUUUUCAUAGAUUGAGAACCUCUGGCUGGCAGCAGUCUUCUGUCUUUUGACUGUGAUAGGCU